CAUCGGCAGCUGGGUGCUGAUAGUGCCAAUCCCGGUUUUUCCGGGCGCUGGGAUGCGGCGGGGGCCCCGGGGACGGAGCCCGGGCUGUCCCCCCUGUCCCGGCGGGUGCUGUGCGGGAUGAGGAUCCCGGGGAUGCUCGUGGGAACCACUUCAGGAGAAGCCUGAGGGGGCUCGGAGCACUUUUCCUGCCAGGAAAAAAAAUACACCCGGACUUGCGGAGCUGCUGAAAGCCAGUUUCACCAGAAACGAUUUAAAAUCCCGCAUUUUCUUGGAUAAACCUGGCGGUACCCCCAUGACUUGGACUGUGCCCCCGGCAGGGCCCCCCCGGCCCUGGGGCAGCUCUGGGAAGAGGCUCCUUGGAAAUUGAGGAAUGCAAUUCUGCCACCAUGAUGGAAGGACUGAAAAAACGUACCCGGAAGGCCUUUGGCAUACGCAAGAAAGAAAAGGACACUGAUUCCACAGGGUCACCAGACAGGGAUGGCAUCAAGAAAACCAACGGAGCCCCGAAUGGAUUUUACGCGGAGAUCGACUGGGACAGAUAUAACUCACCUGAGCUGGAUGAGGAGGGAUACAGCAUCCGACCCGAGGAACCAGGAUCCACCAAAGGAAAGCACUUCUACUCCUCGAGCGAGUCGGAGGAGGAGGAGGAGGCACACAAGAAGUUCAACAUCAAGAUCAAGCCCCUGCAGGCCAAGGACGUCCUGCGCAGCGCGGCCACCGUGGACGAGCUCAAGGCCUCCAUAGGCAACAUCGCGCUGUCUCCCUCCCCCGUGAGGAAAAGUCCGCGGCGCAGCCCGGGCACGAUUAAAAGGAAUUUAUCCAGUGAGGAGAUCACGCGGCCCCGGCGCUCCACGCCCACGCCAGACCCUGCCAGCAGGAAAAGCGGGGAAGAUCCGGCGGCGCUGGCCCCGCUCUUCGGGCCCCCGCUGGAGUCGGCGUUCGAGGAGCAGAAGUUGGGUGCUGCUCUGGACCAGCCUGAGAUAUGGGGGUCAGCCCAGCCCGUCAACACAAACGUAGAGUCCCCAAAACCUCCAAGACCUUUUCCAACUGGAACCCCUCCGCCGCUCCCCCCGAAGAACAUCCCGGCCACGCCGCCGCGCACCGGCUCCCCCCUGCCCCUGGCACUCGGAGGGGACCAGGCAGCAGCAGAGCCCAAACGGGACAAACUCCCGUCCAUCAAUGACUUGGACAGCAUUUUUGGCCCCGUGCCGUCCCCCAAAUCUGUUGCUGCCACCGCGGAAGACAAGUGGGUCAAUUUUUCCGAUCAAUCCCCGGAAAACGCGCCUCCGGAAUUGUCGCCCCGGGACAAAGCGCCGUCCCCGCCGGCGGCCGCGGGCAGCCCGGCCAGCGCUCCGGCCGAGCAUCCCCGCCCGCUGCCCUCGCCGCUGCAGCUCGAAGACGUUCCCAAGAAGCUUUCCGAGCAGCCCCACCUUAAGGAUGAUUCCGCCGAGCCGGUCGCCUCUCCCAAAGAUUUUGGGCCGGGCCAAAGAGCCACCCCGCCGCCCCCUCCGCCGCCCACCUACCGCGCGGUGGUGUCGUCCCCCGGACCGGGCGCCAGCACGGGAAGCACCAGCGGUUCCUCGUCCCCGGCUCGCCCCGGAACGCCGCUGGCCACAUGUGGCACCCCCCCGCCGCCGCCGCCCCGGCCCCCGUCCCGGCCCAAGCUGCCCCCUGGCAAACCCCCCGUCAGCGACGUGUCCAGGCCUUUUAGCCCUCCCAUCCACUCCUCCAGCCCUCCUCCGAUAGCACCUCUAGCCCGUGCUGAAAGUACUUCUUCCAUAUCUUCCACCAAUUCCCUGAGUGCAGCCACCACUCCCACCGUCGAGGAUGAUGCUUUUAUUGCCAAACUGCCCGCGUUUGAAAGGCGCAGUGAAACGCCGGCAGAGAAUGAACAGCCUUCCCUCGUUUGGUUUGACAGAGGAAAGUUUUAUUUGACUUUCGAAGGCUCGUCGCGGGGGCCCAGCCCCCUCACCAUGGGGGCACAGGACACCCUGCCCGUGGCCGCCGCCUUCACCGAAACCGUCAACGCGUACUUCAAAGGGGCCGACCCCAACAAGUGCAUCGUGAAGAUCACGGGGGAAAUGGUGCUGUCCUUCCCGGCGGGCAUCACCCGACACUUUGCCAACAACCCCUCUCCAGCCGUGCUCACCUUCCGUGUGCUCAACUACAACAGGCUGGAGCACGUCCUGCCAAACCCCCAGCUCCUCUGCUGUGACAACGUGCAGAGUGACUCCAGCUCCAAGGAGUUCUGGGUCAACAUGCCAAACCUGAUGACUCACCUAAAGAAGGUAUCGGAACAGAAACCUCAAGCCACCUAUUACAAUGUGGAUAUGCUCAAAUACCAGGUAUCUGCCCAGGGUAUUCAGUCUACUCCAUUAAACCUUGCAGUGAGCUGGCGGUGUGACCCUGCAAGCACUGACCUGCGCAUCGACUACAAAUACAAUACAGAGGCAAUGACCACACCGGUAGCUCUAAACAACGUCCAGUUCCUCGUCCCCGUCGACGGAGGAGUAACCAAACUCCAAGCUGUGCUUCCUCCUGCUGUCUGGAAUGCUGAACAGCAAAGGAUAUUGUGGAAGAUCCCUGAUAUCUCCCAGAAGUCAGAAAAUGGAGGUGUGGGGUCGCUGCUGGCGCGGUUCCAGCUGUCGGAGGGCCCGAGCAGCCCAGCCCCGCUGGCCGUGCAGUUCACCAGCGAGGGCAGCACCUUGUCCAGCUGCGACAUCGAGCUGGUGGGCGCCGGGUACCGCUUCUCCCUCAUCAAGAAGAGGUUUGCGGCAGGUAAAUAUUUGGCGGAUAACUGAUGGAAGCUUAUGCAAGUCAAUGGAAAAUGCUAUGGAAAAUACCCAAGGACUGCUGUGCGUGGAACGGGUUUUAAUUACAGUUUAAGGAAAAUGAACUAAAUCCUGCACUCGGGACAUUUCUGUUGGAAGUGUCGACAACUUUCAGCAUUUUUUUCCUUGGAAAACACCGUCUUGACCAGUCCUCCAGUAUUUACUUCUAGAUGUAACAUUGUUAAUGGUUUUAAAAUGUAAUUAUUGUAUUUGUAAAUUGUACUCAUUCCAGUAAGGCUGUAUUUUGGCAGUUAGACACUUGAGUUUUAGCAUUUUACCAUUCAUGAAAUGGAUGUAAUUUAAACUGUGGUAUAUAAAUCUAAUAGUAGUACUGUUGAAUGGCACAAUGCUUACAGAGGUAGAUUACAUUUUGUCAAUAUAUACAAUUUAAAUACAAUACUGGUAGCUGUUAUGAAGGGGGUGCCUCAUCAAAAGAGAGUUCAGUAGAACCCACAGGCUGAUUUAAUUUUCCUUCAGUCCUUAGUACGUCUCACAGUGAUCAAUAAAAAGCUCAACCUCCAGGUUUAGCUGGUUUAACUCCAGAAAAAUAUCAUUGGAAAGAUGGAGGUUCCUAGGACAGUCUCCCAGGAAGAAAAUCUCACUUUUACAAGGAGUAUUUACUCCAACUUUCCAGCCCUGUGUUCUCUCACAGCUGCAGAUUCCCUGUUGGAAUCCCAGCAGCUCUUCCCUGCCCCGUGUCCGUGUAUUUUGCAGGGAUACAGAUAAGGAAAGAAGCAGCAAAGAGGCUGGGUGGUAGCUCUGAGCUCACAGCACUGGCAUAAAAUGUCACUGCUGGCUUUAAGGAUGUGUUUUCCGAGCCGCCUCCGGAUGUUCGGUUGCAUUUUUAUGUUGCUUUGCUCGCUUUUUUCUGCCUUUCCCCCCCAUUUUUGAAAGCUCUACGGGUUUAGAAAAUGCUUUAAGGAAUUGCAGCCGCACCUGCUUCUCUAUUUUAGCACUGAGGCAGGAAAAUGCAUACGGAAAAACACUGGGAAACAAUUCCCCAGGGAACAGGAGCAGCAUGGAGGCUGUUGAGAGCAGUCAGGGCAGAAGCCAGCUCGCCAGCAUUGGGAGCAGCUGUCCUGUGGAGAUGGGAAAACACAUGGAAGUGCUAAACUGGAGGAUGGGGGACAAAAUAUUAUCCCUCUGUGUUUUCCCUGGGAGCUGGUGUCCCACUGUGUGCUGCUCGUUCCCAUGGAUCCUGGUCUCAUCCUACUCCUGGCAACACGGUGAGAGCGUUGGUGGCAUUAAUGGUGCUGCAUCUGCCGAGAUGAGCUUGGUGACUGGGAGAACUUGGCAGUAUUGGGAGAAAAAAAUGAAGGAAUCUCUGUGAAAUUAAACACAGAUGCCCAGAGGAGCACAGGAGCAUCCAUUGACCGGGGUGCUGGGACUUUGGGAAUGUGUAAGAUGACAAAAAGUGCUGAUUUUACAGUCACAAGUGUUGCCAGGAUUGGGGUGGUGCAUUUACAUUGGAAAACAGCCUGGGAAUGUUGGGAAUUGCUUGCUCACAGCGCAGUUUGAUGUAGGAGAACAGAGACCUGUGCCCAUCUGAAAAGAAAAGAAGGAAAUGUGGGGAUAUUUCAGGUGUGAGGUGACUGCCAGGCUGAGAUAGGGGCGUGAGUUGUGUGUGUGUUCACAAAGGCAGCAGCAGGAAAGGAAGAGCACAAUUCACUCCUGCAGCUUCCCACUUCUUGGCAGAUUUUGGGAGUGUGCUCCUCAGUGUUCCACUCCAUUAAUGAUUUCCCCCCUGAACUAGAAAUUUGUAUAAAGUGUGUAACUCGCCCCUUUCUGACACAGAAAUGUAGGGCAAACCCUAAGAAUCAGGUUUAUGGUGUGUACAAUUGUUCCAAAGCCAUCCUUCCAAAAGAGAUCUAGGGCAUAGGCCUGAAAAGAACGGUUUUAUAAUGUAAAUAUUGCCAGAACAUAGAGAUUUUACUUUA